CCGGCUGCCCAUGGCGGGGGCCGCUCCGACCACGGCCUUUGGGCAGGCGGUUAUUGGCCCUCCGGGCUCGGGGAAGACCACGUACUGCCUGGGCAUGAGUGAGUUCCUGCGCGCGCUGGGCCGGCGUGUGGCGGUGGUGAACCUGGACCCGGCCAAUGAGGGGCUGCCGUACGAGUGCGCCGUGGACGUGGGCGAGCUGGUGGGGCUGGGCGACGUGAUGGACGCGCUGCAGCUGGGGCCCAACGGCGGCCUGCUGUACUGCAUGGAGUACCUGGAGGCCAACCUGGACUGGUUGCGUGCCAAGCUCGACCCCCUCCGCGGCCACUACUUCCUCUUCGACUGCCCUGGCCAGGUGGAGCUCUGCACGCACCACGGAGCCCUGCGCAGCAUCUUCUCCCAGAUGGCGCAGUGGGACCUCAGGCUGACUGCUGUCCACCUGGUGGAUUCUCACUAUUGCACAGACCCUGCCAAGUUCAUUUCGGUACUGUGUACCUCCCUGGCCACCAUGCUGCAUGUGGAGCUGCCCCAUGUCAAUCUCCUCUCCAAGAUGGACCUCAUUGAACACUAUGGGAAGCUGGCCUUCAACCUGGACUACUACACAGAGGUCCUGGACCUCUCCUACCUGCUUGACCACCUGGCUUCUGAUCCUUUCUUCCGCCACUACCGUCAGCUCAAUGAGAAACUGGUGCAGCUCAUCGAAGACUACAGCCUGGUCUCCUUCAUCCCUCUCAACAUCCAGGACAAGGAGAGUAUCCAGCGGGUCCUGCAGGCUGUGGAUAAAGCCAAUGGCUACUGCUUUGGGGUCCAGGAGCAGCGGAGCCUGGAGGCUGUGAUGUCUGCCGCGGUGGGAGCUGACUUCCACUUCUCCUCCACCCUGGGCCUGCAGGAGAAGUACCUGGCGCCCUCAGAGCAGUCAGUGGAGCAGGAGGCCAUGCAGCUAUAGCAACAAGCUGAGCUCUGGAGAACAAGACACACGACCCAGCGCUGGGGAGAGUGGCAGCUCCCAGUGAGCAGCGGACAGCUCAGUGGCCUGCAGAUCCAAGGGCAGCCCUCCCAGCCAGAGCUGGGAGACUGGCGAGGGCAUACUCAGCCUUGCAGAGGACUUCUGGCCAAAAGCCACACAUGUAGCCAAGCAGAGCACCAGUCACAGCCUCAUGAACUCUGGGCGCUGCCACCAGGGAUUCAGCACUGGUCCCACUCGGGCUGUGACGGAAUGUGCUACAAUGCAAGAGUUUAUCUUCUACUUUUUGUGGCUUCCAAACUUUCUUCGAUCAUCCAGGCCGAGUGAGUUGGGAAUAUCGGAAUGUCCCCUUCCUCAGAAGAGUCCUAUUUCUUCAUACUACAGGGCAGUGUUUCCCCCAAAGCACGGGAUCAUACUAGAGGGUUGACUCUCAGUCCUCAGUUAUGCUCUUUGGUUAAUCCUUAGUUUUAACAGUGAACCUCAAACUUGAGGUCUCACAGACAACACUUCCUAGCAGAUCUUGUAACGUUUUAUUUUCAUUGUCUUUAUGUCAUGGUUUUAUUGUUUUUUGAGGUUAAGUGUUAACUAGUUUUCCAUUUAUAUUAGUGAUUAAAAGUUGACUUUAAAAUGAAAUUAUUUAUACAAAAUGAGUUGCUUAAAGGAAAAUAUCAGUAUAUAAUCGUAUCAUGAGGGCUGUGGGGAAAGUCAAGCCGGCUUGAAGUUGGAAAUACUGGUGUUUGCUUCCUUUGCUCUUCUUGCAACUGGUUGGAUGCAAUUCACAUUUUCAACCAGUAGGUAGCAUCCCAGGCUUAUUUUUUAAUUUUAAUUUUUUUUUUUUUU